UCUCCAAAGCAGUGCACUCUAGCGCUAGUGACCAGCAGCGGCAACUUGUGUGAGCUGUGCUUAAGCACUUGACUUGUUUCAAAAUCACUUAUUUGUUAACAGUUAUAUUCGAAAGCGCUGAAAGGCAGUGUGUCGCAGCGACCUCGUGUGAAAAGUGUAAGUGAAACGUGGUUUUUGGCAAAAAAAAGGCAAUAAAUUUGCAAUUAAACUGUGUAAAUUCGACAGUUGCACUACGAAAAAAGCUGAAAUUGUGCAAAAGUAGCGAAUUUGUGAAUCUUCUGAAAGCGUCAACCCUUCUACGUGAAAACAACAACAAAACCAAACGCAAUGAUGUCAAACAAGGUAUUCUGUUGGUCCUUGGCUUUUGUCGCCAUUUGCUUGGCGCUGUGUCUGUCAACGUCGGAAGCAGCACCAUUUCCCAGGUAUCAAGGCGGCGGCUACUACAACGAGCUGGAGGAGGUACCCGACGACAUAUUAAUGGAGCUAAUGGCCCGUUUCGGACAAACUAUAAUGAGAGCACGCAACGAUCUGGAAAACUCUAAACGCACUGUCGACUUCGGCUUGGCGCGUGGCUAUUCGGGCACACAAGAGGCGAAACAUCGCAUGGGCUUGGCUGCUGCCAACUUCCCCGGUGGUCCAGGCAGGAGGCGACGAUCGGAAACCGAGGUCUAAAUUGCCCCACGCAGCAAGCAAGCAAGCGUUUGAAUGCAAAUGCAAAUGAAAACUUCCUGAUUUGAAAAUUUCUGAAUUUAUGCCGGAUUUAUUAGAGAACUCUAUAAGAAUUUGUUGAUUAUUAAAUACAUAAACAAACCGCAUAUAUAUACAUACAUACAAAUAAAUAAAUAAACAAA